GCCUUGCUUUCUCUUCUUUUCUUCUCCACUGUUGCGCGUUGUUGGCCCCAAAGGAGUGUGCGAGGACGCCACAACAAGCACUCCAUGAGCUCAGGCUUUGGCUGCUAAGCCCAACCACCUCAUCUGACAGAAUAGCAAAUGGCUGCCGAUCCAAACUCGUAUGAAGAGCUCCGGAGGCAGAGAGUUAAGCAAAACCUUAAGCAUCUCGAGGAAUUAGGGAUAUCACGUAUCUCAAAAAGCCUCUUAGAAGUUGCAAAGUGCGAGCAUAAGCUAUUGAAACCUCGUGCAAGCCCCAAAAUGAAGAAAAAUUUUGGAAAGAUGGAAAUAAGGCGUUCCUCAAGAGCUAGAAAUCUAGUUCCUUCAUAUCGUGAUCAAGUGGAUGAUAUAGAACUUCGAUCACAUCGCAGAAGAUACUGUAAGAGUGAACAACGUGGAAGGGUGUAUACCGGAAGAAUUGCAUCAUACGAAGAACAACAUCGUGCUGUAGAGAAAGCUGAGGAACUUCAAAGCAAUCUAGAUCCAAUCUACCCAUCUUUUAUCAAAUCUAUGGUUCGAUCGCAUGUGUCUAGUUGCUUUUGGCUUGGUCUUCCGACGAGGUUUUGCAAGGAACAUCUUCCUCCAUAUGAACUGAAAAUGGUACUGGAAGAUGAGAAUGGAAAUGAAUUUGAUGCCAUCUACAUCGGAAACCGGACUGGUCUAAGUGGUGGAUGGAGAGGUUUUGCUAUGGAACACAAUUUGGAAGAUGGUGAUGUCUUGGUAUUUGAGUUAAGGGAACCAGCUAGAUUUAAGAUUUACAUUAUAAAAGCCAUUGAUAGUGAAGCUCACGAGGAUAAGAUUACGAAUAGGCAUACAGAAGGCACAGAAUCACAGGGAACAGAAGAAUCUCCGGAGCAGUUACUUGCUUCUCAAAGUCUCAAAACAAGAUCUGGCUCUAGAAGAAAACCCGCAAAGACUAAAAAAUCUGCCUACAGUUAGAUUGUCAUUAUAAAGAAAGAUAGAUCAUAUAUUCUGGCAUUCAUGUCAGUCCAUUUUGGAAACAUUUUAUUGGCCUGUAGAAUGUGUGACGUGGUUAUCAAGCUGCAGUGAGGUUGCAACCUGGAAUAGAUUGCGGUUGAGUUGAUUUGAUGCUUACUGGCUUGGUUGACACUAGUGAUCUAUCAGUGAACGACUGUAUGAACUCCUGGAGGGAAAUGAAAGAUAUGUUUUUUAUGUUA